AUUCGAUCAGUAAUCUAUUUUCCAAUGAAUGUACAGAAAUCGAGUAAGACAGGUUCAAGUCCCUACAGUGAUGCUCCUGACGCUCAACAUUCCUUGAAGACGUCAAUGUGCCCCAUUCACUCAACAACCGGUCUGCCGACAUGCGCAGUGGUGGAUUGUAGCGGAGCAUGCGCAGUGUCAUUUUGUUCCAGGCUCUGGAAGGCUCGCGACCAUUUUCUUCAACGGCUGCGGCCGGCCGAGGGAAAGGGGAGGCGUGGAGCGAAUUCGUAAAGACCUCCAUUCGCAAACCCUAAUUGAGACCAACCGAGCCCCGUGUUAGGAGAUCUGUGUCUUUAUCCCGGGAAGAGGCCCAGGUUGACGGCCGCCACCUUGGAGAGUUUUUAGAAGCUGAGAUGGGACGGAGUCGGGUGAUGGAACCGAGGGUUUGCGAAGAGAAUGAUUUGAAGUCAGGAACCUGAAACUAAACAUCAUGUUAUGUCCUAAUGGAGUCACCCAGUUUAUCACAACCGGAAUAUCAACAGAUUUUAAAUAUGGAAGGGCAAAACACUGUUCACAUUGGGAAGAACAAAUACUUGUGUUCUGUGUGCAAAAAAGGCUUUAGCCAAUCAACUGGCCUUGAGAACCACAAAUGCAUUCACACUGGGGAGAAACCAUGGAAAUGCAAGGACUGUGAGAAAGGAUUCAGUCACCGCUCUGCACUGAAGAUUCACCAACGUAUUCACACUGGGGAGAGGCCAUUCAUCUGCUUCAAGUGUGGAAAGGGAUUCACUCAGCUUUCCACUCUGCUGACACACCAGCGAGUUCACACUGAGGAAAGACCUUUUAAAUGUCCAGACUGUGGGAAGUGCUUUAAAAGUUCCAGUGAGCUAAUGUCUCAUCGGCGUGUUCACACUGAGGACAGACGGUUCAGGUGCUCUGAUUGUGGGACUGGCUUUAAGUGGUCAUCUCAACUCACUGUCCACCAGCGCAUUCACACUGGGGAGAGGCCAUUCAUCUGCUCUGAAUGUGGAAGUGGAUUCACUCAGUCAUAUCACCUCAAGGCACACCAGCAGGUUCACAGUGAGGAGAGACCUUUUAAAUGUCCAAACUGCAAGAAGUGCUUUAAAAGUUCUAGCUACCUGCAAUCCCAUCAACGCGUUCACACUGAGGAGAGACCUUUUAAAUGUUCCGAGUGCGAGAAGUGCUUUAAAGGUUCCAGGGAGCUGAUUGUCCAUCAACGAGUUCACACUGAUGAGAGACCGUUCAGGUGCCGUCAUUGUGGGAAUGGGUUCAAACGAUCAUCCCAACUCACGAUACACCAGCGACUUCACACUGGGGAGAGAUCAUUCAUCUGCUCAGAAUGUGGACAGGUAUUCAUUCGGUUUUCCACCCUGUUGACACACCAGCGAGUUCAUUCUGGGGAGAGGCCAUUCACCUGUACUGAGUGUGGGAAAGGAUUUCGUGAGUCUUCCCACCUCAAGGCACACCAGCGAAUUCACACUGAGGAGAGACCCUUCAAAUGUCCUGACUGUGUGAAGUGUUAUAAAAGCUCUGGAGAACUGAAGUUACACCAACGUGUUCACACAGGCAAUAGACCGUUCAAGUGCUCUCACUGUGGGAUUGGGUUCAAGUGGUCAUCUCGUCUCACUGCACACCAACGCACUCACACUGGAGAGAGACCAUUCAGCUGCUCCGAGUGCGGGAAGGGGUUUACUCAGAAAAUCCAUCUCAUAACACACCAGCGAGUUCACACUGGGGAGAGACCUUUUAAAUGUACAGACUGUGGGAAGUGUUAUGUAAGAUCCUGGGAUCUGAUACGCCAUCAACGCAUUCACUCUGAUGAGAGGCCUUUUAAAUGCCCAGACUGUGGGAAGUGCUUUAAAAGUUCUGGGGAACAGAUGCUACAUCAACAGUGUUCACACCAAUGAGAGACUGCUCAACUUCCCACUCUCUGCAGGAUGAUCAUCUGAACCAGUACAGCAGCAAGUUCACACUGGAGAGAGACCAUUCAUCUGCACUGAAUGUGGGAAAGGAUUCAUUCAGAAAUCCCAUCUCAUUACGUAGGUGCUGAGCCAACAGCAAGUUCAUCGGUGAUUUCAGGAGUUGUAAUUUGCUGUUAAUCACAUCACAGUCACAAACCUGUUAAAACAUCCAGCCCAGCUUAAGGUACUAAUGCAACAUGUAAAGAUAAUUUUUUGGACUUGGCAUUAAAAUCAAAGUUUGCUGAA